UAUAGUUUCCGGCAUUGGCUGUAGUGCGACUUGCAUUUGAAGAGUAACAUGAGGGUUGCGGUCCUGUGGGGCCUGCUGCCCCUGCUGUGUCAAUACACACUGGUAAGCAGCCACAUUUUGGGAAGGACGUCUUCUCCCGAUGACUUGGCCCAGCUCAGGUCUCUGCUUGAGCGCUUUGAGGAGACUCUGGCAGAAGCAGCCCAGGAGGAUGCCUCUGAAAUGGACUAUGCAACAUUGAACCAAGAACCAGAACACAGCCAGUCCAACCGAGGAGGGAACACGAAGCAGGACCGGGACCAAGAAGCUAUGGCAGUAGAACGAUCCCAAGCAGCGGCUGAAGGCCAGAGCCGGGCCUUGAGUCAGAGGAACCGCCUACUGGACCUGCUGGUGACGGCCAGAAAGCGGGCAUCAGGCUGCUUUGGUGCCAGGAUGGACCGGAUAGGGAACGCGAGCGGUCUGGGGUGCAACACUGGAAGAGGAUAGGCUGACUCUUCUGUGGGAUACGUUUGAUCCAUUUAUUGUUUCUUACCAGAAGUUCAGUCAAUUUAAUAUCUGAUAUUACAUUGAAGAACUGUUUGUGUGUGUGUGUAUCUAGCCAUGUCUUGAUUUCUGCACGUAUCUGUGUGAACAAAAUCAUGAAUUGUGUGAAGAAUCCAUGACACUGUAUGCUGUUCAACAAUGGCACACCAUAACUGCAUGUGGGUUGCUCUCAAUUAAAAACUAUGAAUAAAAAUAUCUUUUACAUA